AUGACAAAGGGAGUGGCUGGCAUCGGGAAAACAGUCUUAACACAGAAGUUCACUCUGGACUGGGCUGAAGACAAAGCCAACCAGGACAUCCAGUUCACAUUUCCAUUCACCUUCAGAGAGCUGAAUGUGCUGAAAGAGAAAAAGUACAGCUUGGUGGAACUUGUUCAUUUGUUCUUUAGUGAAACCAAAGAAGCAGGAAUCUGCAGGUUUGAAGAGUUCCCGGUCGUGUUCAUCUUUGAUGGUCUGGAUGAGUGUCGACUUCCUCUGGACUUCCUCAACACUGAGAUCCUGACUGAUGUUACAGAGUCCACCUCAGUGGAUAUACUGCUAACAAACCUCAUCAGGGGGAAACUGCUUCCCUCAGCUCGCCUCUGGAUAACUACACGACCUGCAGCAGCCAAUCAGAUCCCCCCUGGUUGUGUUGACAUGGUGACAGAGGUCAGAGGGUUCACUGACCCACAGAAGGAGGAGUACUUCAGGAGGAGAUUCAGAGAUGAGAAGCAGGCCGACAGAAUCAUCUCCCACAUCAAGACAUCACGAAGCCUCCAUAUAAUGUGUCACAUCCCAGUCUUCUGCUGGAUCACUGCUACAGUUCUGGAGGACAUGUUGAAGACCAGUGAGGGAGGAGAGCUGCCCAAGACCCUGACUGAGAUGUACAUCCACUUCCUGGUGGUUCAGUCCAAAGUAAAGAACAUGAAGUAUGAUGGAAGAGCUGAGACAGAUUUACCCUGGAGUCCAGAGAACAUGGAGAUGAUUGAGUCUCUGGGAAAACUGGCUUUUGAGCAGCUGCAGAAUGGCAACCUGAUCUUCUAUCAAUCAGACCUGAGAGAUUGUGGUAUCGAUAUCAGAGCAGCCUCAGUGUGCUCAGGAGUGUUCACACAGAUCUUUAAAGAGGAGAGAGGACUGUACCAGAACAAGGUGUUCUGCUUCAUCCAUCUGAGUGUCCAGGAGUUUCUGGCUGCACUUCAUGUCCAUCUGACAUUCACCAACUCUGGAGUCAACCUGCUGUCAGAAGAACAAACAACAUCAACACAGUUCUACCAGAGUGCUGUGGACAAGGCCUUACAGAGUCCAAAUGGACACCUGGACUUGUUCCUCCGCUUCCUCCUGGGUCUUUCACUGCAGACCAAUCAGAAUCUCCUACGAGGUCUGCUGACACAGACAGGAAGUAGCUCACUGACCAAUCAGGACACAGUGGAGUACAUCAAGCAGAAGAUCAAUGGGAAGAAAAAGAUGGAUGGGAAGGUGAAGAUGGAUGGGGAGGAGAAGAUCAGUAAGAAUCUGUCUGCAGAGAGAAGCAUCAAUCUGUUCCACUGUCUGAAUGAACUGAAUGAUUGUUCUCUAGUGGAGGAGAUCCAACGGUCCCUGAGUUCAGGACGUCUCUCCACAAAUAAACUGUCUCCUGCUGAGUGGUCAGCUCUGGUCUUCAUCUUACUGUCAUCAGAGAAAGAUCUGGACAUGUUUGACCUGAAGAAAUACUCUGCUUCAGAGGAGGCUCUUCUGAGGCUGCUGCCAGUGGUCAAAGCCUCCAACAAAGCUCUGUAA